CAUUAACAACAUAUUCUAAGAGUUUGACAAACAAAAUUCUACGAGGAACCGUGAUUCUAAUUCUGUGAAAUUGAAUUUAAUUCAUUUUAAAUAAAAGUUUUUUUUUUGUUAUUUCCCUCUAAGUGCAUUCAAGCUCUGAGUGACAAAAUGCCAAAAUCACUUCUAUUCGCUGUGCUUUUAUUAACUACAUUUACUGUAAAUUUUGCACAAAAUGUAACUCAAAAUCAAUGCAUUGACAAACGGAUAUGUAGUGAUUGCAUCGCGCAAAAAGAUUGUGCUUGGUGCUUGGAACCAGACUUUGGAGAUAAGCCGCGAUGCUUCCCAAAUUGGUCGACUUCGGACAGUUGCCCCGAAGAGUAUAUGUAUUCUCCGGUCAAUCAACAGACUAUAAUUGUGGCGAAUUCAACGAAUGAUGUUAACGGAUUCAGUGUACCUCAAAUUUACCCACAACGAAUUAAUCUCAAACUUAGACCGAAUGAAGAGCAUCGACUGAAUGUCCGUUAUACUCAAAAUGAUACACUUUCCACUUUGAUUACAAUGCAAGACACUGCUUCAAGUGCUGUCGGGGUUAAGUAUUACUCGUCAUGCCUUCGAUAUAGUCAUCCAAUCGAAAGUUCCACGUGCGAUGGAUUAACAGCUGGUGAUGUAGUGAACUUUCAAGCAGCAGUCAUUGUCACUGAAUGUCCAUCUGAUCCAAAGGAUUGGUUUCAAACAUUCCAAAUUUAUCCGGUCGGAAUCAAUGAAAGUUUGACUGUUGAUUUGGAAAUGCGAUGCGGUUGCCCAUUGUGAAAAUCCAACUCAACAUUAGCCCCAUUCACCAAAAUGUAGCUGACACAGCAUUAAAAUAUGCGGAAUUUGUGAAUGCUAAAGGAUUCACUAUGGACGCUAAUGUGUUAGCAUAAUGUAGAGUAGAGUAAUGUAUCUUGUAAAACAGUAAAUUUAUGCAUUG